UGUUUAACAUAUUAUAUUUCGUUAGCCUGUCUAUCUAUUCAAGUAGUUUUCGAACACUCUACGUAACAUCAGGUAGUUUAAAUAUUUAAUUUUGUCAGUGUUAUUGUGAUAUUCUAUUUAUGUUCAUACUGACUAAAUAAAUAAAAAUAAAUGGAAGGGGCGGUUAAGAGAAAUUCGAAAACACCAGUUGAAAAAGAGGAAGUCCUAUGUGAUUUUCUAUGUUCACCAUGUUCUGAAGAUGGAUUGGAAACAGAAGCAAAAUUUCAAUGCAUUAACUGUAAUUCAAAUUUCUGCAACAGUUGUGUGAAUCUUCAUAAUAGGAUAUUGAAGUCACAUACUUUGAUCGGAAAGUUGGACGGGCAGAAUGAAAAACGAAAAGAAAAACUAAAGGAUAAAGCAUCUGGUUUGCCCUCUAUCGCAUGCAACGAACAUCCGGCGGAAGUGCUGAAAAUGUUUUGUGGAAAGCAUGACAUUGUUUGUUGUACAGUCUGUAUUGCAAUUGAUCACAGGUUGUGUGAUGGAAUACAUUAUAUCCCUUCUAUUGCAAAAGGAAUAAAUGAAAGCCAAGAUAAAUCUGAUACCCUGAAAUUGCUAGACAAUACAAAAGAAGACCUCGAAAAGCUCAUAACUGAAAGGCAGAUGGAGCUUACACAACUCGACAAACAAAAAGAUGAUAUCGCCUACAACAUAAAAGAUACGACAAAGAGGCUAAAAGCUCGGAUCGAAGAGUUAGAGAAAGAAAGUUCAGAGCAAGUGGAAGCAGAAUAUGAGAGAAUCAAACGUAACAUCAGGAGCGACAUUAACUCAUUAGAAAUAACUCUGAGCACAGUACAGAUGCGUAUAAAUAAAAUCAAGGAAUUAGAGUCAGAAAGCGAAUCUCAAGUAUUUAUGCAAAUCAAACUUGGUCAGAAAGAAACAAACAAGGGUAAAGGACAGUUACAUGAAAUAAGAAUGAAGAAAAUUGAAAACUUAGCCUAUGAGAUCAAUUCUAGUAUUGAAUGCUACCUGAAAGAAAUUGAAAGCUAUGGUUACAUAAGUGGUACUGUAAGAAACAUUAGAGCGUCUCUGCUAGGAAAAUAUAGUAUCAGAUUAGAAUCUGAAAAGAAAUGUGACUUAAAUGUUUAUGGAAUUUGCUUGAUAGACAACAACGAAAUUAUACUUGCAGAUAAUAGUAACUUAAAACUUAAACGACUUGAUACCGGAUAUCAGAUAACAGAUUGGCUUGAUCUUGGUGCUACACCGUACGGUUUGUGCAGAACUGGCCAUUCAGAGGUAGCGGUGUCUCUCCCAUGGCUCCACAAAAUUCAGUUUAUAUCAAUGGGCAAGAAAAUGGUCUUAAAGUGGUCAUUUAAAGUGGAUGAAAUUUGCAGAAGUAUUUGUUACCAUGACGGCAAACUUUACAUUUGCUGCGGUGGGAGUGGAAGUGAAGAUCCGGGCAACGUGAUUGUGUCUGACAUGUCAGGAUGUCUUCUUCGUUCAUUUCAAACAAAUCAGAAAAGAGAGACACUAUUCACAUGCCCCCAGAAUAUUUGCCUCAGUGACUAUGACUCUAAUGUAUACAUUGCUGACAAAGACAAAGGAGUUGUAGCAUUAAAUCAGCAAGGUCAUUUUCUAUCGGUUAUUUCUGAUCCAAGACUAACCCACACCAAUGAUGUUUGUGUAGGAGCUCACGGUCAGAUGUUUCUGUGUGGCUAUGGCUCGAAUAACGUGCUACAAUUUGACAAAUAUCGGAAUGUCAUUCAGGAAUUACUCUGUGAAGCUGACAGUAUAGUUAAACCUUUAACAGUAACCUUUCUUACAAAUCCUCCAAGACUGUUAAUUACGAGUGAAGGCUCUGAAAUGGUUAAAAUAUUCAAACUUGAAUAAAUAUGAAUGCACUUUGUAAUGCUGCAAAAUCAUGAAUCAUGUUAUUUCCUUAACUUUCUAGUUUUAUAAACGUUUCAGUAUCAAAGACCUUCGAACAUCUAUAUGAAAUAAUAAUAAUGUCAGAUACUGGUAACAUGAAGAAAAUAUUUAGAAUUUAAAAAGAAUUAAUUUCGAUAUGCAGAGGCUGUAAAUUGUUUUUAAUGAACAAAAUGAUAAUGGCAUAUAAAAACUAUCAAUGUUUGACUGUUUGACAGUUUGCUAGCUUCAGAAAUUUUCAAGAACAAAGUGUGGUGGUACUGCUCAUGUGAAGUCCAAUGUUUUGUGAUAGUUAUCCCCCAUCGAAGGCGGAGGGAUAUAAUUUUGGCGUUGUCCGUCUGGCUGUUCGUCCGUCUGUUCGGAAAUGAAAUGCUUAUAAUUCAAAAAGUAUUUUAGCUAGAAUCACCAAACAUCACAAAAUUAUUAUUUAGCACAUAAUCUUUGCCAACAUAUAUUAUUGCAAUGCCCUGGCAUUACUUUAAUGUUUACCAGAGCUACUUUUAUUAUCGAUUUCCUUCCUGUCCCAUUUCAUCUAUACUGUAAUCUUAUUGCAGCUUUCGCUGCCAAACCACACAAAUUUCAACAGGCGCUACUUAUAUGUUUUGUUCAGCUGCCUGAUUCAGUCGUUACGCCAGGAAUCUUUAGCACUUCACACUCGACAUCAGAUGUAAACACUAAACAUAUCGUUAUGAUUUCCUGCAGUAACGGAAACCAAUUGAUGAUGAUAAUGAAACUUGAAUAAAUACAGAUCACUGUGAGGCAGUUGUGUACAUGAUAUCCAACUAGCGUUAGAGUGAAUUCCUUAUUUUCUAUCACCUUACGCAUAUCUACAUGUUUUAAAAAUGAUUUACAUAAAGCCCAAACCAGUCAGUCAACCAACAAACCAUGGCACAGUACUAUUGUACCUAGGCCUAACUUGUGUAUAUCUGGAAAUAAAAUUCUUUCAAAGAA